AUGGAAUCCUACAGUGCACAUAUUUUUCUUCCCAGGUUUCGUCCAAUAAAAGGGAGGCAGGAAGAGCUAAAGGAAGUGAUUGAAAACUUCAAGAGAACUGAACAUUUGGAGAAAACCUUCAAAAAUCUAAUAUCUGGUGACUGGUCACGACACUAUUUUCUUAAUAAGAAUAAAGCACAGGAGAAACAUUUCAAGGAACAUGUGUUUAUCUAUUUGAGGAUGUUUGCAACCAGCAGUGGGUUUGAAAUAUUGCCUUGCAAUCGUUAUUCUUCUGAACGAAAUGGAGCCAAAAUAGUUGCAACUAAGGAAUGGAAACGUAAUGACAAAAUAGAACUACUUGUGGGAUGUAUAGCUGAGCUUUCUGAAGCUGAAGAAAAUAUGCUUCUGCGUCAUGGAGAAAAUGACUUUAGUGUCAUGUACUCAACAAGAAAAAACUGUGCUCAGCUAUGGCUUGGGCCAGCUGCCUUCAUCAAUCAUGAUUGCAGACCUAACUGCAAGUUUGUAUCGACUGGGCGCGACACUGCAUGUGUCAAAGCACUGCGUGAUAUUGAGCCAGGCGAAGAAAUCUCUUGUUAUUAUGGUGAUGGCUUUUUUGGCGAAAACAAUGAGUUCUGUGAAUGUUACACCUGUGAAAGGCGUGCAACUGGUGCUUUCAAAUCACGCGUAGGUCUUAAUGAACCGGGUCCUGUGAUCAACAGCAAGUAUGGAUUACGGGAAACAGACAAACGUUUGAACAGACUCAAAAAGCUUGGUGACGGCAGCAAAAAUUCAGAUAGUCAGUCUGUCAGCUCCAACACAGAUGCAGACACCUCUCAGGAAAAAUCUAACUCAUGUAAGAAUUAG